AUGAAUGUAAAUCACUCCAACACUUUGGAGGACGAUACUUUCGAAAACGAAGAAGAAGAAAACGAGUAUGAAAAACUUCUGAAAAGAAAUGAGGAAGCGAAAUUAGAAUUAUUGAAGGAACUGGGUGCCCUGCACGGAAUUGAAGUUAAUGAACAAGUAAUUAAACCGAAGACACAGCCUGUGAAAAAAACAAAUAAGAGAAUUAAUUCACUUCAAUCAAAUGAGCCAGUUCGCAAGUCACCUCGUUUAUCCAAAAUACUUAUUGAAAAUGCUUCUCAGAACAUUCAAGAAGCUGUACAAGAAUUGAAAGAAGAGCCACAAUUGCGCAGAACGUUUUUUCAAGGUCCAGAGCAUAUGGUUAAAGUCAGUGAUGACAUGGAAGAUGUGAAGCCAUCCUUACAAGACUUAAUUCCUUAUUUUAAAGAGGUACCAGAUGGUGUUACUGCUAGAAGUAUUCAGAAAUCAUUGGAUGAAUUCAAGAAUUCUUUAAAGAAAUUCACAAUUUCACCUGAAUAUGUGAGAAAAGUUGGAACUACAAAAACUCACAGCCUACUCAUUCAUCCAUCAGAAAGUAAAUUAUUAAUAAUAACAGGAGAUGCAGCUGGGUACUUGAGUUUCUGGGAUGUAGAAAAUCACAAUGCAGAAGUGGAGAUUUAUCGUCCCCAUAAGAAUCCUGUAUUUUGUGUCAGUUUAUGUAUUUCUAAUCCUUUAAAGCUCUUUGCUACUGCAAUUGAUGGCGUGGUCAGGAGUUGUGACCUGGAGAAGAUGGAAUUUAAUGAUAUUUAUGUAACCGAAGACCACACAACAUAUCAUGCACAAAUGUCACCAUAUACCUUACUGGUGGCUCAUGGAUGUGGUGAUGUUGGUGUAGUUGAUACCAGGGAGAGUAAGAACCCCACUAGUUGGAUUGAGUGUCAUUCGAGGUCUGUUCGUACAAUUCAACCACAUCCUUUAAAUGAGAAUGAGUUUGUUACAUCAUCUGGUGUGGGUGAAGUUGGCAUAUGGGAUAUCAGAGGCAGAAAGAAGCAGAAACCUUUACUGUUAUUACCUCAUCCAAAGGGUCUUAAAUCAGCAUUCUUUUCUCCCGGUGGUGGAAUGCUAUUGACUUCUUGCAACGAUGACAAAAUACGAAUAUUCGCAGCAGACAAGAAUUACUUGAUGAUGUGUAAAAGUCAUAAUAUGCAGACAGGACGAUGGCUAAGGCCUUUUCAAGCUAUGUGGCAUCCAAGUCGUGAUGAUGCUUUUAUUAUUGGUAGCUUGAACAGGCCUCGACAGGUUGACAUUUGUGGCAUCCAUGGACUAACACUCCAUUCCCUUAAAAGUCCCCAUUUAAACACUGUUCUAUCUAAUUGUCAUUUCCAUAAAAGUCGACCAGUUAUUGCGGGUGCCAAUAGCAGUGGUUAUGUGCAUGUGUUCAAAGGAUUAGGAUAG